AUGUCAUUCGACAUUAUUGAUGCUGAACAAUGCUUCUCUAAAGACAUGAACCCGUACACUCUCACUCCAGGUGAAUUCAACGUAUUUGAACCUUACUUUCAGGAACGUCAAGGCAUCCCAAAGAAAAAACAAAGAAAAUCACCAAGUAACACUGACGUCGAGACUGAAAAGCGCCACGAAGAACUGAGGCCAUUAUUGACAGACUGCAUAGAUAGAUUACAAGCGGUCUGGCCAAAACGUGAACAAAAGUCAACUGAACCAAAGGAAAUCAAAAAUGAGAUCGAUUUCCCGAGCAUCCAAAGCAUGGUGGAGUCAGCUCAUAAUAGAUUCACCUCACAGCAUGAUGAAAGAAUAGAACUACCCGAUGAAAGCGAUGAUGAUGCAGCUUAUAGAGACUUGGAUAUAUAUUCAGUGUUUAACAAGAUUUGCAUUAAUUCAGCACAACGGUUAAAACAAAUUGAAAUCACGCCGUCUGCCAAAUAUUUGAUACCCCCAAGAUCAUCAUUUAUCAUGGGAUCCAUGACAGAUGGUAGCUUACAACAAUUAAGCGAUUAUGGUAGAUAG